CAGCCGAUUUACAACGGUCUGUGUCUGAAUAAACGUCUGGGACGGGAAGAGAAGGGCAUGAGAUAUUAGGUUGCACUUGUCAGGCAGAGAGAGCAUUAGAAGGGUAAAGGAAAGAGGGAAAUCAGUUUGGCAUUAUCAGUGGGAACACUGCUUUCAGAAUCAAAGUUACAGGUACUUUAAAAGGGUGUCAGGCUCGAAGGACUAUCACUCACGCACCAGAGUGAAUAAUAGUGGGAUACACUCAAAGGAACGACAGAACGCACGAUGGAUCGCAAAAUACCAGAUUUUGCUGGCACUUGGAAAAUGAAAAGCUCCGAGAACUUCGAAGAGCUUCUGAAAGCACUGGGUGUGAACGUGAUGAUGCGUAAGAUUGCGGUCGCAGCUGCAUCAAAGCCAUCUGUGGAGAUUACGCAGGAUGGAGAAACCCUGUCAAUCAAGACCUCCACCUCUGUAAGGACCACCCAUGUCACCUUCACGGUUGGACAGGAGUUUAAUGAGGCCACUCUGGAUGGACGUCCCUGCAUGAGCUUUCCUCGCUGGGAAACAGACAGCAAGAUUAGUUGUGAACAGACUCUGCAGAAGGGUGAGGGUCCAAAAACCUCAUGGACCAGGGAGAUGACCAAUGACGGCGAACUGAUUCUGACCAUGACCGCAGACGAUGUCGUGUGUACAAGAGUUUAUAUCAGAGAGUGAAAUUACGAAGAAACAGGAAGAACAUCCAUCCAGAUCAUUCUCUUUCAUUGUUAACUACAAUGACUGAUUUUAUAUCAUCUAUUUCCUCUCUCCCUCAUCUCUUCUUUCAUUUUUUUUUUUUGUUGACAGUGUAUUUCAAUACUGUAAUACAUCAGAGAGCCAUGCAAAUAAUUCAUGUGAGAGGCUCCUGAAUACAUAAAUUUGGGCUCAAAAGCACUUUUAAGGGUUGGGUUUCACAUAGAUGAAGACUUGGAAAUCUGAAGCUUGGAAACCAGACUUUGGUGAGACGGUACAUAAUCACCACUGAAAAUAAUAUCAGUUAAGGAGCGGUCAUAUUUACUAUUGUAAAUUUUCACAGGCGAAAUCCAGUGGUUUUUAGUAGUUAUCUGUAUUAAUGGGAAUUCCAGGUAAGGGUGAAAGAUUUCCCCACUCAGAUUUCAGUAAAUGUUCAAGAUGGGUUAAAAUGACUUCUGUGUGAGCUGUGCGUCAUACAUGACAAAAGAUAAGACCUUUUUUGCCUGCAAAAUUUGGUGGCCGCACCUUAAGAAUGAAAGCAAAUGUACGAUAUGCUGUCGGAAUGUUAUGUUUGUAGUUUAGUCCAUAACUAUAAUUUUUGGCUAAACUCCACCAUAAAUUGUAACUGACCAAUCCAAUCCAAUUUUGCUCUUUCAUUUAUAACUCCAUAGAGGAGCUAUGUGUUUGGAUAGUAUUUUUUUUAUUUUUUUCAAAUUUACUGUUAUUUUACAGUCAAUGUUACUCAAGUUUUUGCCUUGAUUUGAAUUUGCUGUUGCCAAAGUUUAUAAAUCUCACUGCAUAAUUUGCAACAGAAACAAAGCAUAAAAGACAGAUAAAAUGCUUCAAUUCAAUUCCAUCCCAAUAUCCAAUCAACAUUUGAACAUUUUAUGAGCACAUCUGACUCAAAAAUGACACUGUUCAUUGAAAUCUCCAAUUCGUUCUUAUGUAACAUUCUGAAUUGUCUGAUUUAGCAACACUACCAAAGGGGGCGGAGCUAAGCAAAGGGUCAGUUGUAAUUAGACCCUAUGAAGCUCCAAUCCCAACCUUCUCUUUUCAUCUUGAAUUUUAUGUAUAUAUUUUAAUAAAACCUGAAUCUGAAGUUCA